UGCUAUUGGCACAAUCUCUAGGGAAUUUGAAGAAGAAGAAAAACUGAAUUAAACCGUACAACUCGUACAAGUGGAGUGGAACGUAUCGUUAAUUUACUGACAUUUAUGACAAAAUUUUCAUAUCAUUAAAAAAUGAUUAUGAAAGCAUUGAACGAACAUUUAGAAAUGAUAGCUGGUUAUGUUUUUGACAACGACAAGCUGGUCACCUACAAAUGGCUAAGUAAAGAACUACAGAUCCAUGUUAACAUAGCAAAACAGAUCUUAUGGGAAUUCUAUCAGACAUAUCAUAAAACCAAUGACAUUGAAUGCACUCAUUUGCUAAUUGGCCACCUGAAGGAUAAGGGAAUGCGUGUAGAGAUUGUCAGAGUGUCCGAUAUAUCUAAGGCUAAGGAGAAAUAUAGUAAAAUUAUCUCAGAGCAUGUCUACAGCGUCCAUAAACCAAUCACUGAUCUGGAACUACUUGCCACCUCCGGUUCUGGUGAUGUAAAGUAUAGCGCAAUAAAAUGUGAUGCCUGCAAAAAACGAAGUGACGAAGAAAUGCAGUUAUUGCGUUGGGGUGCAGCUGCUAACAACAAGGUUGCUGCAGAAAAUACAAAUUCAAAAUCCACAGUUCUAACAAAUCCACCAAAGGCAGAAAAGAAUUUGGUUACAGCAAAGAAAAAUGGGUUUAAUAAUCUAUUUAAUAUGGCUGGAAAGUCAAAGAGCCCUGAAAAUUUAAAAUCCACUCAAAAAAAUGAUAAAGAUUUGAUGAAAAAGGAUAUAAACUCAAAGGAAAAAGAUUUAGUGAAGAAAAAUAAAGAUUCAGUGGAGAGAAAGAAAGAAGCUUUGAUGGAGGCAGAUAACGGAUUAACAGAAAAAGAAAAGGACAUUGCAGAGAAGGAUAAAAAUUGUAUUCAGAAAAAUAAAGACGUUUCUAAAGAUUCUGAGAAGAUUAAAACCAAGAAAAAUAAAGGCUCUAAUUCCAUCGCUAAAAAGGUGUCUCCGCAAAGUAAUUCUGUGAAAAAGGUAGGCUUGGAUAACUUUUUUGGAAAGGUAACAUCUCCUUCAAAGUCUAUAGGAGUAACAUCAUUGGCAGAAAGCAAUAAUAAUGCUGAAAAAGAAUUUACUGAAGGAAAAGAAACUAAAGAAAAGAAGAAUUCACAUGGGAGAAAGCGGAACAGAAGCAAAGAAACAGAUAAAAUUGCUAAAAAACGAAAGAGAAUUGUUGUACAAAAUGAUUCCAGUGAUUCAGAGAUACAAAGUGAUGUAGAAAUAGAGGAAUCAGUUUCCGAAAUGGAGCUGGAAACUCCUGCGAAACCGAAAAGUCCUUCGCCACCGAGAGUAAAACAUGAAAAUGGCAAGAGAAAAGUAUUGAAAUUAGUUAAUAAAACUUAUAAGGAAGGCGAGUAUAUUGUAACGAAGAAAGAACAUGUUUAUGUAAGCUGUUCGGAAGAUGAGGAAGAAAAACAAGAAGAGGCAAGAAGGAAAGAAAAAAAAGUGGAGACUAAAACAGAAAAAAUUAAAAAAAAGCAAUCUACGUUAACAGAUUUUUUUAAGAAGUCUUAGAAUUGUACCAA